AUGUCGGAGAGCCAGACAGCUAGGCGUGUUGAAAAUGUUGCUCCUGUUGCGGGCCGGGCAGCAAGUCUCAAUAUUGCCAGUGAUGAGUUUCGUUUGAUAUCCGAGGCCUUGGAGAACUUGGGCAGGUGUCAUUCCGCGACACCCUGGGAGGAGGACUUGAUCCUCAUGAUCCGCAAUAUCGGAAGAGCGGUCGACGCAGAUCGCGAGUCAUUUGUGAAGAAUCUCAUAGAUCAUGGAUUCAUGUACGAUCGAAACUGGAUCAGAGUUCGCACGAUGUUGGUCUUCACGACUUGGAUCUUGUAUGAUACGACUCGGGGCGCGUGGGAGGGAUGGAGUGCGAAUGAAAUGUGGGAAGAGUGCAAGAGGCAAAUGAUACGCUACAAGUCAGGUAAGCAUGUUUUGGCGCAGCAGCAAGGUCACAUUUAUAAGAGACGAAAUCCCCUGCCGGUCCUUGCUGCAAGAUGUGCAUUCAAUGUGAUAAGCAAAUGUGGUCUGACAUCUUGA